AUGCUGCUCGACAGCUCCUUCUCAGAUCUGAGCGGGGAGAAGAGGACGCGUCGGAGGUUCACGCGCGAACAGGUCUGUCUGCUUGAGGAGCUCUACCGCGAGACUCCCCAUCCGACACGUGAACGACGCGACGCGCUGGCGAAGGAGAAAAACCUAGACACGCGCGCCAUCACCGUCUGGUUCCAAAACAAACGACAGACCGAGCGCAGAUCCGCCAUGAACGCGUCCCGCAAACGUGGUGCUCUCAAGCCCGACCCAUUCUCCUCCCCAUUCUCCUCCGCACGCGGCAAGACCAUCCACACCGCUCGCUCUUCCAGCCCCGCCUCCGAUGACCUCUUGCGCUUGAGCGACAUGCACACGCACACCCCCACGCCCUGCAAGCGCCGGCGCGACAGCUCGUGCUCUCUUUCCCUCGACGCGCGCACCGUGUCACGCACGCUCUCCCUCGACCAGAUCGCCGCGCGCGCGGAGCGCCCACACGCUCCCGAGCUCGAGGUCGACCGACACGCUGCGACGCCGCCCCGCCGCACCCCCCGCGCAACACUGCCCUUCUUGCAUGCGCCACCUCCGCCUCGCGCGCUUUGGGAGGCGAUGCCAUCCUCACCCGUACAACCUUCGGCCGAGCUGGCGGCCUCACCGCCGCUGAAUCUCGACUUGUGUCAUGGCAGGCUGAAGAGGCGGCGCACGCUUGAGUGGGCGUGUGCAAAGGAGCGCGCCGGUGGACCCCAGAUGGACGCGGUCGCGGAGGACGAGAACCCACUAGUGCUUGACCUGGGUGGCGAUACAGACGUGGAGACUGAGCCAGACGUACAUGAGGCGGUUACGCCGAAGAGCAACCCGCGAAGUGGUGGUGGCGCUAGCAUUGUUAGGGUGGAGUCAUGGGAGGAGGAGAGGCUAGUGGAUGGCGACAAGGAAAACCGGCCGUACCGGUGGCUCAAAAUCCGUCAUGAUAUGGUCGCAAAGACGGAGGUAGACAGGAAGGGGCGUGCGCAGGUUGAUAUACGGAAGGAAAGGGACGAGGAUAUGAUGGACGCUGCACUAGCUUUGUGUGGGCUUGGAGGGCGCAAAUGA